AGAAAAUCACGUGAUUGUUAUUGUUAUUGUAACGUGACCAUUGCUCUAGCUGUGAAGCCUCAAACUCAAGUUGGGAAAGGUCACUUGGCUUGGCGAUAUGGAAUUUUAACUGGUUACGCACCUGUAAAGCUCAUGCCACUACCACUUCAUCACUCUUCAGAUGCCCUGGAUCGUUGUUAAGUCUCAUCAGUACUAGUCUUGGUCGGAUCACGCUUCAUAUCAAUCCUGGAAUUAUGUCCGGGUUUACCAAAUCAAAUGGAGUUGACUCCGACAGAGAACAUCUCCUAUCCCAAGACACUGAGACAGAUGAAGGUCUCUAUGGCAACGGUACAUCAAUCAAUACCAUAUCUCAACCUCAAACAGUUAUCCUGGAUCCAAAGAGACCUGUCAUCAUUGAUCAGAAUGGACAUUUAGAAAAGAAUAAGGAGUAUGAUGUAUACCUUGAGAGGUGGUAUGUUCUGGGUGUGUAUUCAUUGAUGGCAUUCCUCCAAUGCUUGGCAUGGAAUACCUGGGGACCUAUAGAAGACACAGCAUCCAUAGUCCUACAAUGGGGGCCUGGUCAGUUUGCUUUGCUUGCCAACUGGGGUUGUAUCACAUUUCUUGUAUCUGCUUUCUUCUUUUCAUGGCUUUUACAUGCAAAAGGUCUACGUGUAGCAGUGCUGCUUACAGGAGGAUUGCUGGUGAUUGGAGUUGGUAUAAGGUGCAUCCCUGUACCCGUCCCUAUGAUGAAAUGGACAAUGAAUAUUGGGCACAUCUUCAUCGGACUAGCUGGACCGAUCCUGAUGGCAGCCGUCACGUCCAUAUCUGCCACCUGGUUUCCAGCUAACGAACGCACCACAGCUACGGCUUUAUCAUCUACUUUGCCCUUCCUGGGUCUAGCAGUAUCCUUUGUCCUUGGGCCAGAGAUCGUGGGCAACAUCAACAUCAAUGCGACAACAACUCAAUCUCCAUUAACAGUACAAGGAGGAAAUAUUUCAUUCCAGUAUGAUCAUACAGAUGAUGAUAUUCAGAAACAUCUCCAAGGAAUUCGAUUACUUAUGUAUAUAGAGUUUGGAGCAGCUGCAUUGCUGUAUUUAGCAGCUUUGAUCCGCUUUCCUGCCCGACCUCCGACCCCUCCUACUGCCUCAGCCAUUGCUAAGAGGGAAGACAUGAAGUCGGGGCUUAUCGCUAUUGUCAAGAAAGUAUCCUUCUGGAUCCCAGCACUUGCCUAUGCCACCGCCAGUGGUGCAUACAGUGGAUGGACUGCUCAGAUGGUCACCAUUUACAAUGACCAUGUAGACCAGACUACAUGUGGCUGGAUAGGUUGCUACACUAAUUUAGCAGCAUUAUUUGGGGGAAUAGUAACAGGAAGAUUUGCAGAUUAUUUCACAGGAAAGAUGAAACCCAUCCUCCUCAUCCUGAUCGUCGCAUCCUGUACAACUCUCUCUUGGUCUAUCCUCCUCGCCAAUGACUACAUUCCUUUCAACUUACCUUGCCUGUAUGUCUCUGUCAUCCUAUUUGGACUAUUCCUAAACUCCACCAUACCACUCUUCUUUGAGAUAACUGUAGAGAGCGCAUUCCCAAUCGGUGAAGAGACAACCACCAUUCUGAUGACCUGGUUGAAUAAUCUGUUUGCUUUGUUUUUCCUCAUAUUACCGAUGAUCCCAUCUAUAGAUAAAGACUUUGACUGGUUGAACUGGGUGAUGCUAGGAUCUGUAAUUAUUUGUAUCCCUCUCAUGAUCUUCUACAAAGAACACUACAACAGACUUGACUUUGACGUAAGUCAUCCAACUCAAGACAGCAACCCUGGAGGUCACCAAACCAAUGGAGGGGUUUGUGCAUAGUCCAUGAUGUGAUGGUGUCAUGGUAUAGUGGUCUAUUCACUCGACAUUCAAUCAAAAUGUUGAGGCUUUGAAUCCCAGACAAGGAAUAAUGUCCUUGUGCAAGACAUGAAUCCAUGUAAUCCAGAUAUGAUAAUUGCAGAGCCCUCAAAAAGUACAGCAUUGAUGUUGAUAGUUUUAUGCUGAUGGCUUUAUAACAAUUGCAAUGGUGGCAGUCACCUCAUGAUUUAUUUCUUACACUAACCAAAUCCAAACUUCAAGACUAGAUCUUGCACUUGCACCCAGCCCUGAACAUAACAUAAAACCCUAUGCAACCCUAAUCCUAACCCUACAUUUUUAUAUUUGAUGAAAUAAAGCUUGGAGCAAAUGUCACCUGAGCAUAUGUUGAGCCACCGCAUUAACUAAGUUAGUUGUGUACUUUGUUUUUAAAUGCUUGGAAGCUAAUAGACGAACGUGAAUGUCAUUCUUUUAAUUUAUUCUAUUGGACUUUUUUUAUGAUGGUUGCAUAUAUUUUUCAUCAAUAUCAUUAUUGAGCUGCCAUCUCUUCUCUACCUCUAUUCUUUUCAUGAUUAAUCAGCCAUUGAUUAAAGAGAAGAAAAAACUUUGAAGUUACAUUUUUCCUUGGGUCCUUUUGCACAACUACUAUUUCUUUACAUAUAUAUAUAUAUAUAUAUAUAUAUAUAUAUAUAUAUAUAUACACACAAGCCUAUUCAAAACAUUUUACUGCUACAAUAUUUAGAUAUGUAUGUAAGGUUAUGCAAAAUCUAUAUGUAAAAUGUGAGCAAAGCUAAUUUCCAGAGAAAAAUAAUAUUCAAAUUUGAAAUUUGAACUGCAGUCAGAAAAAGAAAGUCAUUUAAUGGCUUGUAGGGGGGGGGGGGAUAUAAGUGAUGCUUGGAGGUCACAAUUAGCUUCUGAAGAAUAUGUCUCAACAAAACAAUUAAUGAUGGGAAGCAAGAGACAUGUCUAGUGACAAUUAUAUGCCUUCAGAAUUUUUCCUUGAUUUGUGGUAAUAUCUGCAAUUUUUAGACUUAAGAACAGAAUAACUAACAGUAUUAUAAUUAAAUAAUUGAUAUAGAUUUUUUAAAUUUUUUAUUCAGGGAUGUGUUUUCUUUAGAUUUUUAAUCCAAAACAAUCAGUCUUCAAAUUAGUUUCAUGGCUAUUUCAAAAUAGUAAGUGCAUGGUACCUUUAAAAGACAACUGAAUAUAUGAACAUCUCUGGAAGAGAUGCUACAUGUGUGCUAUCAUUAAGACUAGCAAGAAUGAUUUUUAAAUUGUCGUUGUUUUUUCGACCUUGAAGUAUUAUAACCACAAACCAAUUAUAUCAGAUCUUUUUUAAUAAAUUUGAUGACAGGAAUGAUAAGAAUUUCCUGUUCCGAAACUCCAGAUCCAUGUUAAGUUUGGGUAAAAUAAUAAUGGACAUUAAAGAUAGUAAAAAACAAUUGCAAGCUUUAUUAAUUGUGAUGCAAUGUUAUGAAUAAUUCCUGUCAGUUUAGGAAACUAAUAGUGUGUGAAAAGUAUUUAUUAACUGUCGAAAAGUGCGGGAUAAGGUGAAUUAAAACAAAUUGUGUUUUGAUUAUGCUUUAUUUAUUUGUGGCAGGUGUGGACAAGCUAAUUUUUUGGAGGAAGACCUAUUUUUUUUGUAGCUCCAAUCAAAUUUGUUUUUCUUGAUCAUUGAGCGAAUGUGCCUUUGCCUUUUUAUUAGUUACUAAGUGAUCGGAUUUAAAUUCGGAAUAUUUGAACAACUUUUGUCCCAUCUUGCUCUCACUUUCCCCUUGAAGAUACAGAACUUCCAAUUUUUUAUAUAAUCUAGCAUGGGUGAUAUGCUGUAAAAAUGAGGAAAAAAGGCACAGAUCUUUAUGUCUUUUAGUGCAUUUUUAUGUACUGGAAGUCUUUUUAAACUACAGAAAUGUGAACUCAUUGUAGUAAAGAAAUGUGAUUAAUUCAAGUUAUACAUCAUAUGUGUCUGGGCAAGCAUCCCGCCCCCCCCCCCCACUCCGGGAAGGGAGGGACCGCAUUCAUGUUCCUAAAGUCUCCGGUAAAGGGGUACAUUUCUCGCAACAAAGUCCAGCUCGUAAUAAACACACAAUCGGCUCGUAUUGACUUUACACACUAGACUUAGUGGGGAGGGAGGGAACAUGCAUACGCGUACCCUAAAUAAAACUGAGUGGGGGAGGGGGGGGUCGGGGCAUGCAUGAAUUACAUGGAGCAGUUGUUUCAACCACCCACUACUCUGCAUUCAGUACUAUCUUUAUAUAUUGUCUCACAUUUUUGUUUUUAUUUUUGCUUCAAGUUGUAGCUAUUUUAAAUGUUUUAGGUGGACAGAUAGUACUAAUUCUUAAAUACGUUUAUCUUGUACUUUAAUUUAGACAAUCAAUCAUGUUUAAUGUAUUUUAUGCACAUUGGGUUAUUGAAUUGUACUACGCUUGCAAUAUGGUAAAUAUAUUACUUUGCAUUUCUAAUUGUCACACUUCAUGUAAAACAUUAACUGCAAUAUUCUAUUACCUAAUAAUUGUUGAGGAUUUAUUAUUCAUAGUAAACAGUGGGUGCUUUAUGGUAUGUUUUGUUUGUGUAUCUAAUCAGUAUUUGUGGGCAAUAUAUAUAUUGUAUGCAAUGAAUGUGAAAAAAUAUGUAUAUGUUGAAUUCAGGCAAAAAAUUUAAGCAUCCAAUAACUAAUAACUCUGAUUUUAUAUUGAUAUUCAUGUAAUAUUUUACGAGAAUGCAAUGAUAUGAGAUUGUUUUUUUUUUAUAAUAUCCUUGUACAAAACAGAUGUAUGAGUAAAAUACUGAGGUGCUUAUAACAGUACUAGGUGUUUUGAUGCCUAAAUAUUUUUGUCAGAAAGUGCAUUGAAAUUAUAUUUUUAUAAAAUGGUGUUCUUGAAAAUGUUUAUUAAAUGCUGUGUCAUGAAUUCAAUGGA